AUGCAUCGUGCCGGUCUCUCCUUUCCACUGGGCAUUCUGCUCUUGAUCCGCGCCAGCAAUGGCCAGCGAGUCCCUCCUUUCCCGUUUCCCUCUGGCCUUGCCUCCGAUGCCCGCUCUAUUGGCAACUCCACCUUCACAAUCAUGUGUGAAAAAGUCGAUGCGAACGCCAUUUCUCCUUAUGUCACCACCUAUCUCCCAACCGAUGUCAAGGACUUCGAUACCUGCAUGAGCCUCUGCGACAACUACGGCGACACAUGCGAGAUUUCCCUCUGGGAUCCCACUUCGGCCAACCCGUGUACUCUCCUGGCCUCUGUUCCUUCCGGAACCGCCCCUGCUGCUCCCACUGGUCGCUGCUAUGCUACCAAGGCCAAAGCCUCGGCUUCUGUGUCGAUUGCGGCGUCGGCUGAAAUCUCCGCUGAUGUUGCCCCGACUCCCACCCCGAUACCCUUGUCCGAAGUUCUUGCAACUCUUUCGUCUUUGAACAUUUCCUUGCCAGACAUCACCGAUAUCGACCUGGCUACUGCUACCGACCUCUCCCUGUCCGAUCUGACUUCGGUCACCGACCUCUCCUUGUCGGAUCUGGCUACGCUUACCGAUCUCUCUCUUUCUGAUCUGGCUACGGCUACUGACUUGCCCUUGGACAAUGCCGAGUCUGUUGUUGAAGUCGUCUCCACCAUCAUUGAUGCCGCAGGGGAAACGUCUAUUGUCAGUGUCCUCGCAUCGGCCACUGCUUCCGUUGGAGCUUCAUUGACUUCAGCCGUCUCCCUGCCACUGCGCACCAACGCACUCUGUGGUGCCCUCUGGCCCACUAUCCCGAACAGAGAAUGCCCCCAGGGUGACCCCAAGUGGGGAAGCUGCUGCUCUCCUUACGGCUUCUGUGGAAACGGGACAGCUUUCUGCGGCUUCGGCUGCCAGGCAGGCUUCGGUUCAUGCGCGCAAUCCUCGUCCCUGAAAGCACUACCUACACGCCCUUUCACUGCACGCCCUUCCAUUGCACUCCCCCCGCCUCUUUCUCUCGCCUCUUCUCUUUCCAUCCCCUCUUCUAUUUCCCUCACCUCUGCUCUUUCCCUCACCUCUUCUCCCUCACUUGUCUCGUCGCUCCCGUCCUCGCUCAUCAGACUGUCCUCCGUCUCCGUCCCCGGCGCUUCUGGCUCUGUCUGGCCUUCCGCGCCCUUGGAGACUCUGUGGUGGCUUCCCAAGAUCUCGGCACCAUCCCCUCCUAUCCCGGACAUCGUUUCGCCGUCCGCCCUAGCUCCCUCUGUUGCUUCAGCCCUGGGUAUCGCAUUCAGCGCGACCCCUCGCCCUAUGCUGCCAAACCCGCCGGUUAUUGACCUCAGCACUGCCAUCCCCGCGACCGAUGGUGUCGAGGCACCAUCUGCCGCUGCUGCCAGUGCCGAGGCCGCUCUUGAAUCUCUUCUUCCGUCUGCUGGUGUGACUGGUGCCGCUUCCGCUUCCAUAUCGGCGUCCGUCGAUGCCGAUUUGUCCGAGAUCACCUCUGGCCUUUCUGCGCCCACUGGUGUUGCCUCCGCCGUCGCAUCUCACAUCGACUCUGACCUGGCUACUGCCAGUGGAAUCGCCUCUGCUGUCCUAGCUACUGCCACCGACAUCGCCUCCUCAGCCGUCGUUUCCGUUGACGACAUCAUCUCGGAGGUCACCUCUGACAUCUCUGUUCUGACCGGCAUCCCCUCCGUCACCCUCGCCGUCACCGUAUCUGACAUCACCUCCGAUCUCCCUACCCUCGCCUCCGCCGCCUCCGCCGCCGUCUCCGACAUCGCCUCCGACCUAGCCACCGCCACCUCCGCCGCCUCCGCCGCCUCCGUCGCCGUCGCCUCCGCCGCCAGCAUCGCCUCAGGCCUCACCUCAUCCGUCUCCCUCCCCACCGGCGUCGCCUCCCUCGCCACCGUUUCCCUCGACCUCACCUCCGAGCUCCCCUCCGCCAUCGGCAUCUCCACCCCCUCCAUCAGCGUCACCGCCUCCGUCGCCGCCGACGCCGCCCUCUCCGCCGCCCUCUCCGCCUCCGUCUCCGCCAUCGCCUCCGCCUCCGCCAGCGUCGCCGGCGCGCCCUCCGUGAGCGUCAGCAACCCGGUCGCGGCCGCCGCCACCGCCGUGAGCAGCGCCGCCCGCGCGAGCUCGCUGGCGGCGUCCGUGGUCGUCUCCGCCGUUCCGCCGGCUUUCACGUCGGUGCCCCGCCCGCUUGGCCCGAAUCCGCCGGCCGUUCUGCCGACUAGCAGCAGAUCCGCCAGCUUGCGGCGUGUUUUGAGCUCGGCUCUGACGUUCGUUGCUUGA